GGUCCCAGCCCCCUCGCUGACAGUGGAGGAGCUCCGGGCCUUCCUGGAGCAGAUGAACCAGCUGCCCUGCGUCAUGCACCAGAUCGGGGAGGUGCAGGCCCUGCUGGAGCGUGUGGAGGUUUUUCAGGCCGAGGCUCAGGCUGCGUUGGAGCUGGACCCCCCAGAACCGGGGGCUCUGCGGGAGCUGCUGGAGCGGGGAUCCCAGCUGGGGGUGGAGGUCCCUGAGAGCCAGAGGCUGGAGGGGCAGCUGGCCCAGAGUGCCUGGCUGGAGGAGGUGACAGCCACCCUGCGCUCCCCCCGGGCCCGUGUCCCCCUCCCCAUCAUGAGGGGCCUGAUCCAGGCCGGCCGCACCGUAGCCCCCAGCCCCGCCGUGGAGGUGGCCAUGGCCGAGCUGCAGGAGCUGCUGACCAUCGCCCAGCGCUGGGAGGAGAAGGCACAGAUGUGCCUGGAGGCCAGGCAGAAGCACCCCCCAGCCACGCUGGCUGCCAUCAUCAAGGAAGCUGAGAACAUCCCAGCGCUGCUUCCCAACAUCCAGGCCCUGAAGGAAGCCCUGGCCAAGGCCCGUGCCUGGAUCGCCGACGUGGAGGAGAUCCAGAACGGGGACCACUACCCGUGUCUGGAUGACCUGGAGGGGCUGGUGGCCGUGGGGAGGGACCUGCCGGUGCGGCUGGAGGAGCUGAGGCAGCUGGAGCUGCAGGUGGGCACGGCCCAUUCCUGGCGGGACAAGGCAUCCCGCACCUUCCUCAAGAAGAACUCCUGCUACACCCUGCUGGAGGUGCUGUGUCCCUGCUCCGACGCCGGCUCCGACAGCAGCAAGAGGCUGAAGUGGCGGCAGGAGCCAGGGCUCUACCGGCUGGAUGCUGAGAGCCUGGGGCUGUCAGCCCAGGACCUGCGCGACCCCGGCGCUGUGAUCGUGGCGUUCAAGGAGGGGGAGCAGAAGGAGAAGGAGGGGAUGCUGCGCCUGCGUCACGCCAACUCCCAGAAAGCCGCUCCCCCCAUCCCAGGCCCUGGACCCCCUUCCUGUGUCUGUGGGCAGCCCGCCACCCCCGGCAUGCUGCAGUGCCAGCUCUGCCGGGACUGGUUCCACGGUUCCUGCGUGGCUUGGCCACGUCUGGGCUCCCAGAAACCUUCCCCAGCCUGGUGGGAGUGGGACGCCAAGUUCCUGUGCCCGCUGUGCCAGCGCUCGCGGCGGCCGCGGCUGGAGACCAUCCUGGCGCUGCUGGUGGCCCUGCAGAAGCUGCCGGUGAGGCUGCCGGAGGGGGAGGCCCUGCAGUGCCUGACAGAACGGGCCAUCACCUGGCAGGAUCGGGCCCGGCAGCUCCUGGCUUCUCCAGAGGUGGCGGCACCUUUGGAAAGGCUGGCGAGCCUGAGGCACCGGCUGCACGGGGACGGGACUGGGGCGCUGCGGGAGGCCAGCCGCAACGAGCAGACCAAGGUGUCAGUGGAGAACGGUGAUGUCCCCAGCCCAGAGAAGACUGGUCCCCUGCCCUCGGAGCUGGAGGCGCUGAGCGCGGCGCUGCCGCGGCUGCAGGGGCCGGUGCUGGAGCUGCCCGAGGCGGCGCGGCGGCCCCUGGAGGAGCUGAUGAUGGAGGGGGACCUGCUGGAGGUGACCCUGGACGAGGCCCAGAGCAUCUGGAGGCUGCUGCAGGCUGCCCGCCCCCCACCCCUGCCCCUCUUCCGCCUCCUCCUCGAGCUGGAGCAGGCAGAGCGGCGGGGGGCUCGUGCCCGAGGCCGGGACCCCGAAAGGCGUCGGAAACGUCGGGGGGAGCGGGGUGACCUCCCCCCCCUGGCCAAGGAGGAGUUGGAGCCAAAGAGGAGUCGGGGUCCUGAGGGUGGGACCCCCCGGGACAGCCCCCCACCCGGCCCCCACGCCCCGGGGGACUCGUGAUGUGGAGCCCCCCAGCUUGGAUGGACACGCCUGCCGGAGCAGGGAGGGAUUUGGGGUGGGAGUGGGCCAUACUGGGGGCUCCUGACCCCCAAUAAACACACCCACACCCCCCCUCUCCAGGUCCCCCGACACCCCCCAGGGAGGGGGUGGGGGGAGUGGGGGGUGUCUCCCCUCCCUUUUCCCCCCUCCCCCUACGAUGUAAUUAUUUGAGUUGAAUUCUUUUGUAUUGUUAAGCCCCGAGGAGGAGGGGGGUUUCCCACAGAUGGGGAGGGAGGGGCUGGGGGUCCCCCCCUCUCCCUUAAAUUGGGGGGGUGGGGUCCCAACCAGCACAGCAGGGACAACUCUACCCCCAAAAAACGUCCCGCCCCCCGUCCCCCCCCCCUGCACCCCGCACCGGGGUUUUUUUAUAGGAUUUGAUGGGGGGGAGGGGAAGUGGGGAGAAGGGGGAGAGGGAAGGGGGCAAAUUUGGGGACGCCCCCCCCUCCCCCCGACCCCCCCCCAAUCCCCUGCCGACACUAACAAACAGUCUCGGGCUCUUUCUAGCGGGGCGGGGAUUGAGCUUUGGGGAAAGGGGGGGGGGGAGUGGGGGGGCUUAUUUUAUUGUAUUAUGUUUUUUUUUAUUAUUAUUAAACUUUGGAGGUUAAA